UGAACAAUUUGAAACCCCCCAAUUCCCUCUCUUCUCCUACAGACCUCACUGGCGGCGUCAGUACUCACCUGAACCCUAGAUACGCUCAACUUCAAUUUCAAAUGGCGGCGGUGCCACAGGUCACUGGCACGGAGCUAGUGAGUCCUCCCUCCGACGGCAUAUCUAAUCUCCGUUUCUCCCAUCACUCUGAUCAUCUCCUCGUCUCUUCUUGGGACAAACGUGUUCGCCUAUAUGAUGCCAGUGCCAAUGUGUUAAGAGGGGAGUUCCUGCAUGGAGGUGCAGUCCUUGAUUGCUGCUUUCAUGAUGAUACCUCUGGUUUUAGUGCUAGUGGUGAUAAUACUGUCAGGAGGCUUGUUUUUGACCACGAAAGGGAGGACGUUUUGGGACGCCAUGAUGCACCUGUUCGCUGUAUUGAGUACUCUUAUGCAACUGGGCAAGUAAUCACUGGCAGUUGGGACAAAACUCUGAAGUGUUGGGAUCCAAGAGGUGCCAGUUCACAGGAGCGUGCUCUUGUUGGAACAUACACUCAACCAGAGCGUGUUUAUUCUAUAUCACUUGUUGGAAAUCGUGUAGUAGUCGCAACUGCUGGACGUCAUGUUAAUGUCUAUGAUUUGCGGAAUAUGUCUCAGCCUGAACAACGAAGAGAAUCCUCAUUGAAAUACCAAACCAGAUGUGUACGAUGUUAUCCUAAUGGAACAGGUUAUGCGCUUAGCUCUGUGGAAGGUCGAGUUGCAAUGGAGUUUUUUGAGCUUACUGAGGCUGGUCAGGCCAAAAAAUAUGCAUUCAAGUGUCAUCGGAAAUCAGAAGCCGGAAGAGACAUUGUCUACCCUGUAAAUGCUAUUGCGUUUCACCCAGUCUAUGGAACAUUUGCAACGGGCGGUUGUGAUGGUUUUGUAAAUGUAUGGGACGGAAACAACAAGAAGAGGCUUUAUCAGUAUUCAAAGUACCCGACAAGUGUUGCUGCCUUGUCGUUCAGCAGAGAUGGUCGAUUAUUGGCAGUGGCAUCCAGUUAUACAUACGAAGAGGGAGAGAAAUCUCACGAACCAGAUGCCAUAUUCGUUCGCAACGUGAAUGAAGUUGAAGUGAAGCCAAAGCCUAAAGCUUACCCAAAUCCUUCUUCUUAACUCAAGAUUGAAGAGAGCUUUGUAGUUUGAAUGUAAUUCCUCAUCCUCUUCAGUAAAACACCAUAAUCAACAACUACAUUCAUUCAAGUCUGUUGUGUACAAUUACUUCAAGAGCUUUAUAAUGCUUACUUUGACUUUGUUUCU